UUAUACAUGUGCCAACGUCAUAUGUAUACAUGAGGCGAUAAGGCGACGUUUUACGUGGACGAAACAUGGAAGUUUUAUAUCGUUUACCAUUUAAUGUGCUUCAAAUACCAAAUUUGAAGCUUAAGAAGCCAUCGUGGUUUCAUAAACCAUCGGCGAUGGUUAUGUUUUCCUUAGUUUUGGCUUCGUACUUUUUAGUUUGCGGCGGUAUCAUAUACGAUGUAAUCGUCGAACCGCCAAGUCUCGGAUCGACAGUUGACGAGCAUGGUCACUCUAAACCGGUUGCUUUCAUGCCGUACAGAGUUAACGGCCAGUAUAUAAUGGAAGGCUUGGCCUCGAGUUUCCUUUUUACAUUGGGAGGAUUAGGUUUUGUCGUUCUAGACCAGACUCACAAUCCCAACACGCCACGCCUUAACAGGAUCCUGUUGAUAUGCGUGGGGUUUGUUUGCAUCCUCAUUUCGUUCUUCACAUGUUGGAUUUUCAUGAGAAUGAAAUUACCUGGUUAUCUUCAGUAAGAAGAAAUGAAAUUUUCGUAAAGUGUCUGAAUGUAUUCGGCUCAAAUUUACAAUUUUUAACUUAAAAAGAAUAAAUUCUUUUUUUUAAGAAUGAACA